CCUCAGGAGCUGCGUGGGUACAUGGCCGAGGGACUAACUUCUGGGGCUGGUAGUCGCCGAGGCGCUGAGGGGAGGUGGCGCCCUCCUGUCUGCGGGAGAGGGGAAGGGAAAGGUGUGGGGAGAAAGGGUCGGCAGGCCGGGUGUUUAGUCCCCCCCACUCCCACCCCCCGCGAAGGGGCAGGUACUUGCGGGGGGUGGGGCGGGAGUGCUGCGGCGCCGAAGGGCUAUUGAAUAGACGCAGCCGAUUAAUGAAGUGAAGAGCUAAGAGAUUCGACUAAGAAAUAAAAUUUGCGCUUCUAAUCAGAGGCUGUGUGGCUGUUAGAGCUGAGUAGCACCGGUCACCCCGUGUAUUUGGAGCGCGGCCGGCGCUGUGCAGGGGGUUAGCAGGGCGGGCGCGAGUGGGGCAGUGGCUCAGUGGUGAGGGAGCUGCGUGUCCUGUGGCUGACAGCUUGCAAGCUGAGGGGAGGGCAACAGAGCAGGAAAGGAAACAUAUACUGUUUCUUUAAAAUGAAAUAUUCCCACUAGAAUUGUCGUGCCUUCGCUGCGAACAGAGGCAUUGCGGGUUUGUUUGGAAGCAGCUGAGCUGGCUGGAAGCUGCCUGGCUCGGUUGCCAAAACACGGUUUAUGGUGGCCGCGUAGUAUUCCCCGGCCACCCAACUGGUUGGUCACCGGCCCAGGCCCGCAGUGACCUCUGCGCUGUUGGCAGUUGUGUGGUUGUUGAUUCCCAGAAGGGUGGGUUUCACAACCCCGAGAGGAGCACAGUGCAGAUUUCCACUUCAUGAUAAAGAGAGACUGGAGAAAUGGUUACGGAAUAUGAAACGAGAUGCAUGGACUCCAAGUAAGCACCAGCUUCUAUGCAGUGAUCAUUUUACCCCUGAUUCCCUUGAUGUGCGAUGGGGUAUACGAUACUUGAAACAUACUGCUGUACCAACAAUUUUCGCUUCCCCAGAUGAUGAGGAGAAAGAUUUUUCUCAGAACAGCCCACAGGAGCUAAAGACAAAAGACACAGAAGAAACAAAUACAAAGGUCGUGUCAGAGAAAGCAUCUGUAUCACUUGAACCCUGUACGCCAAAGAAAAAUCCUGUAAGUGCAGAAAAUGUAGGUGAAGAAGCAGAAGUAGUUUGCUCAGCUGUUUUGAGUAAACCUUUACAAAUUCAAAACCUGCAACUUCAAAACAGAGAAGGCUUUCAGGCAGACAGUGUUGCUCUUGAUAGUUCAUCUAAGCAGCAUAUACAUCAACCUAAUCCUGUUUUAAUGGCAGCAGCAGUUCAAAGCAUGGAAGCUACCAGUGUUUGCUCUUCUGUAGAGGAUCCAGUAGGUUGUACAGCUACAGUUUUGCAAUUUACAGACCCUGACUACAUUAAUUCAUCUCUGAAACUGAAAAAUGCUUUAGGUUCAAUUACUGACUAUGCAGUUGAAAAUCCUGACUCUCAUGGGGUAGGUUGCUCGCUUGAAGUACAACCAACAAGUGAAAAUGCAGUUUUACUGAGUACAGUCACACAAACUAUUGAACAGUUCAGCGGAAGUGAAGAAUCUGUCAUCGCUAUUAUUGUGCCAGCUGAGAGUCCAGAAGACCCUGAAAUAGUAAAUACUACUUUCCUGCCUAUUAAGCAAGAGUUUCUUGACACAGAGGAGACAGAAACAGAUAAACCUGUCUAUAUGAAUGCAUAUGGUGGAAGUGAAGUAUUACAAACUGAGCAUUCAUACUGCAAACAAGACAUAGACAGAGAUCACCUUUGGCAAAAAAUUUCAAAGCUGCACUCUAAGAUAACUCUACUUGAAAUGCAGGAGAUAAAAACUUUGGGGAGACUCAGAUCCUUGGAAGCUCUUAUUGGACAACUGAAGCAAGAAAACCUGCUUUCUGAAGAAAAGUUGAAGAUUGUAGAAAACUGCUUUACAACACUCGAGGUGACUAUGUUACAGUAAAGGCUUUCAAUGAUUGUUCUAAUAUAUCUUUUUAGCCUCUUUGACAGUCCUUUUGGACAAAAUAACUUCUGUAUCAGUCGUGGUAUUUUAGACAUCUAAUGCAGAUUGUGUGAAUAGCAAAUAUUCUUUAAAAUGUUAAAUCAAUCACUACCAAAGCUAGGUGGAAGAACAUUGCCUAUAAAACGUGACUUGCAAGUAAGCUUUAAAAAAAUCUAAACACGUUAAAGUUUUGUUAAAAAGUAUAUUAAUUUAAUCAAUAAAGAUAAGUUAAACCUUUCUAGCUGCAGGCUCCCCUGAAACAUGCAACUCCAGCAUUUGGGGCAGCAGUAGAAUGGACAGAAUAAGCAUCUGUGAUGGACAAUUAUGAACUUGUUUUUUUAAAAAAAGUGUCUUAAUGCUCUUUUAAAUGAGUAAUGAGGUGUGUAAUACACAUUGUCCAGUAAGAACGCAAUUACUCUUUCAUCUUCUGUUUAUCUAAUAUUUGUUCUGGUAGUUUUUUGUACACUUUGACCUUAUUAAAAUUGUUUCUGCAGUAAAA